UUUGAAAUCAGUUUCUUUUAGCUUUCAGUUUGAACGAGACGCAUUUAAUUUUAACACCUUAGACAUGGAUAGUAAUGGAAUUAUUCCCGAUGUUGUGGACUCUGUUCCUGAGAAAAUCGCAACUGUAACUUAUCCUUCUGGAGCAAAAGUUGAACUUGGUAAUGAAUUAACACCAACCCAAGUUAAAGAUGUUCCAAAUGUGACAUGGGAAGCUGAAGCUGAUGGCAUUUACGCUGUUUUGAUGGUCGAUCCAGAUGCACCAUCACGAGAGAAACCUGUUCUCAGAGAAAUCCUUCACUGGUCAGUUAUCAAUAUCCCCGGCAAUGAUUUGGCUAAGGGACAGACUCUUGUUGAAUACGUUGGCGCUGGACCUUUAAAAGAUUCUGGACUUCACAGAUAUAUUUUCUGGGUAUUCAAGCAAAAAUCUGUUUGGCCCACUACAAAUUUCACUUCAAAAACAACACGUGAAGGUAGGGCCAAUAUUAAAACAAGGGACUACAUUACAAAAUACCAGAUGGGAAACCCGAUUGCUGGAAAUUAUUUUCAAGCUCAAUACGACUCAUAUGUUGACACUCUGAUGGCAUCAUUUAGCCCACAAUAAUCAUGACUUUAAUUCUUGAAAUUCUUAACAAAUAAAAACUUAUUUUAAUUAUUUAAA